GUUCUUGGUGAGACCACUAAUGACUUCAUCAUUGCAACAACCAGCAGAGAGGAGAUCAACGGUGAAGAAAGCUGGGGAUUUAUCGAGAAUGGAGACACUUUAUACAUCCUUAAUGACAUUAAACAAGAGUUGUGUGCCCCUGCUCAGGAACGAGUGGAUUACUUGCCUCAUUAUGAUACCAUUGUUAAGGGUGGCAUGUACGAGUACUAUGCAUCUGAGGGGCAGAAUCCACUACCCUAUGCUUUUGCAGAGCUGAUUGAUAAUUCCCUGGCUGCUACGGCUUUUAACGAUGGCUCCCGUAAAAUUGAACUAAGACUGUAUGUCGAUGAUUCAGCAGUCUGCAAAAAUUGUGUUGUUGUCCUUGACAAUGGAACUGGCAUGACUCCUCGUCAACUGAACAGCUGGGCUAUAUAUAGAUUGUCCAAGUUCACAAGGCGGGAAAAGCGUGGAAGAAAGGGAGAGACAGAGUCAUCUUUGAGGAACCCAGAUGAGUCGUUAAAUCUUGCUGAUACCUGGGCACCCAGAUUCAUGAACAGUGACAUCUCAUAUUUUGGUGUGGGUGGAAAGCAAGCUGUCUUCUUUAUUGGCAAUGCUACAAGAAUGAUCAGCAAGCCAAAACAUUCCAAGGAUGUCCACGAGCUGACUAUCUCCAAAGAGGAGUUUGAGAAGAAGGAAAAGAACCAUCAGUCCAUCUACACUGGCUUCAUCAGAAAUCGACAGCCAGGAGACUACUCCCAUAUCUCCCCUGAAGACGAGCAUGUGAUCAAGCUGAUCUCGGAGGAACCAGACAGGGAGAGCUUCACUGCUGUAGUCAUACAAGGCAUCAACACACAACACGUAGCUUAUCUCAAGCAGCAUUUCAACAUGUGGACAAGGCAGCUGGCACACAUCUAUCACUUUUACCUGCAUGGCCCUGAUGGCAACAAGUUACGAGAGGGUGAUGACGCAGGCCAGGAUGUGGCUUUUAAUAACAUCGAUAUCCAGGUGACCAUGCACAUCCGAGGUAACCCCAAUCCGAAGAGUGUGGACCUCAGGAAGAUCAAUGAUGACAUGCAGAGCCUGUAUGCUCGGACUGCUGCCAGCACGUUUGACUUCAAGGCCUACGUGGAUGGUUCCACUGCUGUGGAAGGCAUCAUCAGAUAUCAUCCCUUCAGAUAUGACAAAGAGACGUACCCUGCUGAUAUUUAUGGCUGUCGGUUGGAUCCUGAACCAGAGGAUGACCAUGGGUAUGCCAUUAAUGAACGUCCAGCUAGAGGUCGGCGACCAAUCUUUGAAGCUUACUGGAAUGGAAGACUGAUACCCUACACACUGAUUGAAGAAUUUGAGUGGUGUUCUUUCCCGAAGAAGCAGAAAAAUAUCCCAGCAGAGUGUUACAACAGAAUUUCUGGUGUCUUGUGGACCAAUGAUAGCUUCCAGGUUAGCACAAACAAGUUGACCUUCCUGGACCUGGAAAUGAAGUUGAAGGACAAGAACACCAACUUUGUUAGAAUGUUGAACGGACAUGAGAAGAGAACACAAAUAGAAAAAGAAUUCCAGAGCUGGCUGAAAGAGUGCAAUGAGGAGCUGGACAAACAGAUUCUCUUUUCAGGAAAUGUGGGACAAGUGACCCGGCCAGACCAGCCCAGAAUUAAGCAGUCACCCUGGACAAAGUUUAAAAUUGUGGAGUGGGACAAUAAAGUGUAUGAAGUGGGACAAAUGGUGCGAAUUUUGAGAACUUCUCCACCAUUGCAUGGAACUAUCCAGGCAUUUUAUCUGUUCGGAGAACACGAGGGUGAUGUCUUUGCUAUGGGCGGAGAUAUUGAAAUUUUACAGGAGCCACAGACUCUGUACAAUGAGCGCCGUUUUGUGCCACUGAGCAAGCUGGACCGGGGAGCGUCUACACUGCAAAUUAAGAAGUACAUUGAUGAAGAGGAAACAAAAUUACCAGAUCAUCUUGUUGUUACCUGGCCUAAUGGCCAAGAAGUUGUCCAGAAUGAGAAGAGGAAUGCAGGAAAAACUAUAGGUGACAUCAAAGUUGAAAUCUGUAACAAGCGUGGUGAAAAAAUAUCCAAGAUUCCAUUUUCUGCAGCUGGAUCUAAAAAACUACUGGUGGAGCUAAAACUGAUCUGGCAUUCCCCUCAUGGAGAUGAAACAAUUGUCUCCCUUUUGUCUCAACACGGAAAAACUUGGCCUUACUGGUUUCGCAAGAUGGACAGUGCCAAGAACAUGGGCAACUACACCCUACAACUUCAUGCUGUUCUCAACGAGUCUGGGAACAACAUGUUUGGGGGGAAGGAACUGCCCUCUCACAGGAUCAAGUUUUCUGUCAUCGAGGCAGAUGCUGAGAAAUUCACUGUGGGUAUCCUGGAUGGACCUUUUAAAGUAGGGGUUCCCUUUCAGAUCCCACUGGAGUUUCAGGACAGAUACAACAAUUCAUCAAGACCUCCGGCCAAGCUGAAACCUAUAUUGGAUGCAGACGGCCUGGAGCUGAGCUAUGAGAACACACAGGUGAAAGGCAACAGCUGCUACAUCAAGGGGGUUGUGGCUAAAGGCAUUGUGAGCACAAGUGUGGGCAAGAACUUCAAUCUGAAAGUGUCUGUUCCUGGACUGGACCAGUCACAGACCUUGAAGAUUCGUCUGUUGCCAGGCCCUCCCUCGGAGCUUGUUGUGAAACCAGAAUCGGAGAUCACGAUCGAGAAUGGCACAGCUCCUUCCUUCUUUGUCGAGGUCCAUGAUGCUGCUGGCAAUGUCACCUCAGGAGGAAAGCUGAUUGUCAUUGGAAAGCUGGCAGGGACUGUGGGACUCCCAGGCCUUUUUGCUGACUGUUCUGUAGCAGGGUCGGGGACCUUGACCGGCAAGCCAGUCCAGAUCAAGAACAUGAAUGGUGAAAAGAACAUCACAGUCUCCAUUGAAGUGCAGGGUGCCAAACACAUCAAGCCUGUAGAGCGGACAAUAAUCGUCACACCCAGUAACAGAGCAUCCACCCUUCGAUUGUUCUAUGCCCAUGACGGUAAAGAUGUGGAGAUUAAUAAUAAUGAUAACAUUGACAAGGAGGCAGGGUCUGUUAUUGAAGGGCUGCGAUUCGAGGUACUAAAUGAAGCAGGAGAAGGUCUGGUGAUUGAUGACAAACUGGCAGGAAAAAUCAAGGUGAACUGGGCACCAAAAGUCCCCAAAGAUAUGGCCCUAAAGAAAGUACUGCCACCAAUUAAAGUGUCGACCUCUGUGCUGGAGCAGAAGUAUUGCCAGGCCAGUGUCAUGGAAGGAGAGGGAAUCGAACUUCAGUUUUGUGUCAGACCUAAACCAAGUCCUCCAUGCCACAUGGAGUUGCAGGUUGUGGAUGGCAGUGGUGCUCUCUUGAGGGAGCCUGCGCAGGGAGUCAUCAACAUCAGCCUCAAGGAUGUUUAUGGUAACCCUACUCAGGUUCCAGACUCAUUCAAGAAAGAUUUGUCUGUGUCAUGUGCAGCCUUGAAUACAGACAAGAUCAACAUUGUUGCCACAAAUCAUCAAGUUCAGGUGAGCAACCUGAUUUUCACAGAAAUGGGCACCAAGGAAGUGGAGCUGAAGUGGAAAGACCUAAAACAGUAUGCCAGAUUUGAGGUGCUGUCUGGUCCCCCGGCUGCACUGCAGGUGUUGGAUUGGCUGGUUGAUGAGCCGGUUGUGGUACACAAUGACAAACCAAUGCUACACCCCCUCAGAGUUCAGCUUGUGGAUGCUGAUGGCAACGUCUGCAAAAUUGGAGACAUCAAGAUUCAGAUUGUCUACAGCAAGAUCAAAAUACAGCCAUGCCCAAGCUAUGUGAAAACUGACAGCUCGGGUGUUGCAGAUUUUGGCAUCCUGACUAUCCAGGCAAACUGCGGAACCUAUGAGCUGCAACCAAAGGCUGCCAUAGGAAGAAGUGUCAUCUACGGCCCCAAGUUCACACUGGAUGUACAGCCAGACUCCAUGAGGCCUGUAGAGAUUGAUGUCUCCUACAACACUAAACAUUCCGUCAUUGCUGGGCAUACAUUACCAGAUUUCACAGUGACAGUCAAGUCAGAGAGUGGUAAGCUGCUGCCAACAUCCAACCCUGACAAUGUCACCAUGAAGCUGUGGAAGAAGGACAGCGGCAGCGACAACGUUCCACCACCCAAGGCUUUGACCAUACGCCCUCAGAAUGGAACAAAGGAGGAAGCUGGCACUUUCCAUUUUAGAAAGUGCCAGGUUCCGUUUAUAGCCGGGGAGUACAAUAUCAUGUUUGUCUACUUUGAUGGAACUUAUGAGCUUUACAGUACUGUGUCCACCAUCACUGUUUGUCCGGGCUCCCCUGCAUCUCUGGUUGCCAUAGACAGGCUGUCUACACCAACAGUGUCCAACACAAAGAGUGUUGCCAGCAGGACAUUGAUCAAGUCUGUCCGUCUAGAAUUACGGGAUGAGUUUGACAACCCUCUGGGUAAAGGCUACAGUGGGAAGGUCAUGGUACAGAUUUCCUCAGAUGUCAAGGCAGAAGAGACACCUGUGUUUACAAACGGAAACAGCUUUUUGGAGUUCGCUUUGCAAAAUGGCCAGUGUGUUUUACAGAACCUGACUUUACAAGAGAACUCACCAGGCAAAGAUGGGUUUGAGUACCACUUGAGGUGUACGGUCACCUGUGACAUGAUCCCUAAAAACAAGACCCUGCCUCCACUGGACAUUGCAUUCCUGUUCUAUAAUGAUGCUAAGAAGCAGCAGCAGAUGGCAGCACUGUCAAAGGAAAGGGAUGCACUACAGAACACAAUCAGGGCAUACAAGUCCAUGUUUGAAACACAACAGCAGCUGGUGGCAGAACUCAGGGUUGCCGUCCAUGAUUCCCAGAAAGAGGAACAAACCAUUCGAGGAGAACUUCGGAAACAGAACAUUCCCGGCAACCACCUGCAAUCUGUGGACACUGUGGAUAAACUGAUAGCAGCUAGAAUCAAAGACAGAGAACAGGUGUUACGAACACCAAGGAGAUCUUGUCUUUUACCACCUGCAGAUCCAGAACCGGAUAUUUUAGGAAAGAUUGCUCACUUAGCCCUAGUGCACCAAGAUGACAUAGCUCGAGUCCUGUCAUGGCACAUGUCAGCAGAUAUGGACUGUGUUGUCACCAUCACCACACAGAAGGCUAAAGAGGUUUACCAGCGAACACAGGGAAAGCAGCAGGUUUUACCACUGGAUUCCAUCUACAGAAAGAAUUUGCCAGAUUGGGACAAACCACUGCCUCAUGUCAGAUUCCGUCCAAACUACAAACCAGUCGGCAACCCUGUCUACGCCAGAAAUUUGCUGGAGUUCACACAAGAUGAGGAGAGUUGUAGGAUUGUGUUUGGCAUGUUGCUGGGUGACACACUUAUACUUGAUAAUCUGGACCAGGCUAACCUCUACAGGCAGGAGAUUGUAAAAUACACACAUUGCCCCACCAUUCUAACGAGAAGCGGUGACAGAAUCCGCAGCAAUGGCAAAUUUGGUGGUGCCAUGAAUAAAGCCCCACCUGUGGACAAACUCAAAGGGUCCAUCUUUGGGCAGCCAUUGCCGCUGGCUUACCAUGCCAUCUGUACACAGAUAGAUACUUUAGAGAAAUACAAAGGGGCAUUGGUAGCCAGCAUCCAAGCACAGGAUGAGUUGCAAGAACAGAUCAACCUCCAGAAGCUUCCAGAAACUAUGCACAAGUACAAGGAGUGUAAGGAGGCAGAGGCUCGGCUGAAAGGGGUUGAGCAGAAACUUG